CUCCUCGGGAAGGGUGUUUGGAGGGCAGCGGCCGCCCCAAGCCGAAGCCCCGCAGCGCUUCUUAUGAUCAGCUCGGUGUGUGUCUCCUCCUACCGCGGGCGCAAGUCGGGGAACAAGCCUCCAUCCAAAACAUGUCUGAAGGAGGAGAUGGCCAAGGGCGAGGCGUCGGAGAAGAUCAUCAUCAACGUGGGCGGCACGCGACAUGAGACCUACCGCAGCACCCUGCGCACCCUCCCGCCCCGAGACCCCGCAGAAGGCCCCAUCCAGGUGCAGACUCCCCGGGAGGGGAGCAGCUCUGAGGCCUCAUUUGACGGCCACGCCAUGGGCAGGUGGAAAUCCGGCGUGGGGGUGGCCAGCUCCAAGGCCGCCAAGGACGUGCUGGGCUUCCUGCGGGUCGUCCGCUUCGUGCGCAUCCUGCGCAUCUUCAAGCUCACGCGGCACUUCGUGGGGCUGCGGGUGCUGGGCCACACGCUGCGCGCCAGCACCAACGAGUUCCUGCUGCUCAUCAUCUUCCUGGCGCUGGGCGUGCUCAUCUUCGCCACCAUGAUCUACUACGCCGAGCGCAUUGGCGCCCGGCCCUCCGACCCGCGGGGCAACGACCACACCGACUUCAAGAACAUCCCCAUCGGCUUCUGGUGGGCCGUGGUCACCAUGACGACGCUGGGCUACGGGGACAUGUACCCCAAGACGUGGUCGGGCAUGCUGGUGGGGGCGCUGUGUGCGCUGGCCGGGGUGCUGACCAUCGCCAUGCCCGUGCCCGUCAUCGUGGGGGUCCCUGCCCCCCUGGGCUCCCCCACCCCUUCUGACAGCUGCCCCCUCCCUCCACCUCACCCGCAGGUGGUGGCCUUUGCCUCUCUCUUCUUCAUCCUGGUCUCCAUCACCACCUUCUGCCUGGAGACCCACGAGGCCUUCAACAUCGACCGCAACGUGACGGAGAUCCUCCGCGUGGGGAACACCACCAGCGUGCGCUUCCGGCGGGAGGUGGAGACGGAGCCCAUCCUGACCUACAUCGAGGGCGUGUGCGUGCUGUGGUUCACCCUGGAGUUCCUGGUGCGCAUCGUGUGCUGCCCGGAAGCGCGCCGCACCAACGAGUUCCUGCUGCUCAUCAUCUUCCUGGCGCUGGGCGUGCUCAUCUUCGCCACCAUGAUCUACUACGCCGAGCGCAUUGGCGCCCGGCCCUCCGACCCGCGGGGCAACGACCACACCGACUUCAAGAACAUCCCCAUCGGCUUCUGGUGGGCCGUGGUCACCAUGACGACGCUGGGCUACGGGGACAUGUACCCCAAGACGUGGUCGGGCAUGCUGGUGGGGGCGCUGUGUGCGCUGGCCGGGGUGCUGACCAUCGCCAUGCCCGUGCCCGUCAUCGUCAACAACUUCGGCAUGUACUACUCCCUGGCCAUGGCCAAGCAGAAGCUGCCCAAGAAGCGGAAGAAGCACGUGCCGCGUCCGCCCCAGCUCGAGUCCCCCGUCUACUGCAAGUCCGAGGAGACCUCGCCCCGGGACAGCACCUACAGCGACGCCAGCCCCGCGGCCCAGGAGGGGGGUCUGGUCGAGAGGAAGCGGGCAGAUUCCAAGCAGAACGGAGACGCCAACGCCAUGCUGUCGGAUGAGGAGGGGGCGGGCCUCACCCAGCCCCUGGCCUCCUUCCUGCUCAGCGCCGGGGACUAUGCCUGCGCCGACGGGAGUGUCCGGAAAGAGACCUGCCCAGACGCCCUCUCGUCCAACUAUGCCCAGGCCGAAGUCCUCACCCUCUCUUAACGCGGCAGCAACGUGAGAGGGACAGGCAGACAGACAGACAGACAGAGGCUCAGGGGAACUCUGGAGCCCAGGCAAGGACCUUUCGCUGGGCAAGACCUGUUGGCACAGGACUGAUGGAAAACCUCCCGUCUGACCCCUGGGGCCCGCAGCCAUCCGGGUCCGACGUGUUGUUCUGUUGUGAUUGAAGAGAUAUAUAUGCACAUAUAGCAUCUAUAUUCAUACAUACUGUACUCAUGUGUGUAGUGCACGUGCUAUCGGUGGUCUGUCUCCGUCAGGCCGUCUCCCCCAGCCCUCGCCCCUUCCCCAGGCCCCCCCUCCCUUCACCGAUUCCCUGUUCGCGUUGUACGUGCCGCGUGUGGAAUGUCCCAGGAAAAGUGUGCCUGGGAGCCGCCCGUCCAGCUGGGUGGGCCCAGGCUAGACUCUCCCUGUGGGGGUGUUUCCCUGUGGGCCGGUGGCCUGUGCCAGGCCAGGCUGCCCCCGGGGUCACUGCCCCACCAGCCCCACCCCACCCCAGAUUGGGGUUCUACCUCCCACCCCACGCCCCAGUUGUGGGGGGACUUCCAGGGGCUUCUCUGCAGCUUCUUUCACCCCUGCCCCCCUUCCCUGUGUCCCUGACUGAGGGGGAAUUUUGGGUUUUUUUAAUCUUUGGUUUUUCUGUCUCCCUCGUCCGUGUGUUUUCAAUGAUGCUGCCGGGCAGACAGCAGGGAAGGGGUCUGUCUGCCCACGGGCUCAGGGGUCUGAGAAAGGGGAGCUUCGGGCGAGUGGAGACCAGUUGCAAUACUGUACUUCCUGGCCGGUGGCCAGAGGAUGCGUGCAAUAGCGGAGGCCGGGUGACCCCUUCCACCUUGGCCUCUGCCCCUCCCCCGGCUCUCCCUCCCCGCUCCCCGCCCACCCUGCCCUUCCCUGGUGUUGGUCCUUUUCUAAAGCUGCCCCCUCCUGUGUGUCUGAGGCAAGCCUAGGCCAGGGCCCUGUCACCCUGUCUGCAUGCCUUCGACUGUCAUGCUGUGCUCGACCCUCAAUAAAGACAUCUGGAGCGACCAGCUGCUCCUGCGUGUGA